ACGAACCAGAGAGACCCACGAACCCUAAGUCGUGACUGCAAAGUAGACCAAAGAACUGAGAGGCCUUCGCGACUUCGGAGAAGCCCAAAGAAGACUUUGAACAACAGGCGUGAACGCAGAGGAAGGACUUCGAAUGAUCAAGGCCAGACCUAGGGUUUCGGAUGAUGCUCUGAUACCAUGUUGCAGAGGCUUUGCCAUUAAGUGAUGCUUCCGUUGAUGUUGUUGUCGGAACGCUUGUACUUUGUUCUGUAAAAGACAUUAAUAUGACACUGAAAGAGGUGAUGAGGGUGCUUAAACCGGGUGGUCUUUUCUUAUUUGUGGAGCAUGUGGCUGCAAAAGAUGGUACGAUUCUCAGAUUUGUACAGGGCAUUCUUGAUCCUCUUCAGCAGAGAGUCUCUGAUGGGUGUCACCUUACAAGAAAAACGGGAGAGUAUAUAUCUGAAGCAGGGUUUUCUGAUGUUGACGUAAACAUGGCUUUUGUGUCUGUUGCCUCUAUUCUGGGCCCUCACGUUUACGGAAUUGCUUGCAAGUAGAAUAAAAUGACAAAAAUGGUGUAAUUCACAGUAACCCUGCACUUUGGUGAUGCUGAACAUAUAUUGCGGCAUUCAAUGGUCAGUUCAAGAGAAUGUGGUGAUGCAUGUACUAAUGCAAUCACCAAGUAAAUGGAGGAUCUUUGGAGUAUUUCAUUCAGUAUUUGUCAGUGUAUUGCUUCCAUUCAGUCACAAGUUUGAGAAAAUUGCUAUUGUUGGUGGUUGUGUUGUGAUAUUAAGUGGCUUAUCUGUAUAUCUACUUAGAGAUUGGAAAUGUGAUAAUCUGUGAGGAGGUUUGUGCUUUAUCCUUGUAAAUCAUUAUUAUUUUUGUUGGUCAAGAUUGGACCUUUUUUUUUGCCUUGCAUGAGGAAAGUUUAUCCCUCACCAGGCUCAUUGCCAAGUAUUUUCAUGCAAUGCACUUAUAAUGAUCUGAUUUCCACAAUAAUCAUGUGGGCUCGCUUAUGUGUGAUUUA